GUUUGGUUUCCUAAUUUUAACAGAUGGAAUAAGCGGUAAACCGUAAACCUAACAAACGCAGCAAAACUCCCGGCCUGGCCUGCUAUAUAUACGCAGUUACACGCGCGCGUGUCUCCCCCAUCCUCUAUCAACUCGUCCAACCAUUUGGUCGCUUCUCGCCGAAGAAUCGUGGUUUUGCUACUGCGAAGAAAGGAAGCAUUAGAAGUGCUCUCGUGCUUUGGAGCUGCUUCACGGAGCGCUUAGCCCCAACCCUAACCCUAAACUCCGGUCAAAUUUCUCCCGUCGGUCUCCAGCUUUCUCUCUCGCAACCGUCCUUCGGUUUAAGCCUCCCUCGCGAAACUGAUGGCGACCAAACCACUCACCCAUGAAGAGAUCGCCAAUACAGAGAAGAAACUGGACAUGCCCUUAGAUGACAUCAUUAAAAUGUCAAAGACUUCUACUGCAAAGCCAAACAAGCAACGCAGGGCUCCGAACAAAAACCAGAGGAUGUUUAACAAUUCUGCUCAAGAAAAAGCCUUGAAGGUGCAGAAAUAUAUGGCCUCUAGGCCGUUUGUUCGACAGGGAGCUUUAGCUCAGAGGAGGUCAAAUUUCCAGGGUAACCAUUUUCCUAUAGCAAAAGAUAUUGCACAAAAGGCUGCAGUUGCUCCCCUUCGUAAUAGACCGUUCGAGCGUAAUUUGAUGUCCAAUCCAAACAAAGCAAGGUAAUUCAAUUAUCUGUGGCAUGUGGUAUUCAGGUUAAAUGUUGGGUACCGCCAAGUAGUAUUGUGAUACUUCCGUUCAUGAUUGGUCAUGUUAAAGUGGCAGUAUUGGGUUUGUGCUAGUAUUGAUGAUUUUACGCCAGCAUCACCCACAAUGGAUUGCCUAAUUGGUUGGUGUUAAGCAUUGGUUUUGGAUUGUGUUCCCCAUGACCUGGGUAGUUAGUGGAGCAAGUGGAUCUAUUUUAGUAGUGAUGUUUUGGUUGAAGGAAACAAGUUAUGAAGGCAAACUACUUUUACCUAGAGUCUCUUUGGCUGUUUGUUGGUUACGGAAGUGUUGCAUGUGAUGCUGAAGAGAGUUUACAUGGAAGUAAUCUGUCUCAACUGCACAGAUUAAUGAUAAGAUCAAAGUUUCUGAUUGGUACUUCAUCUCCAAUAACUGCCUAUUGGAAGAGUUGAAGGGGUAGAUGUGGUUUCUCAUCUGGACACAUCUUCAACCCAUUUUCACUACUAUUUGGUCAGCCUGGUGGUCUAAAACAUGCCAACCUCUAUGUUUACGGUUGCAUAGCUUUUCACCUUGUGGCAAGAUCUUCAGAUUUUCCUUUGGUCAUCAUCUGAGAUUGGUCACAAUGCUGCAUUCGUUCUUCCCAUCUGCUCUUAUUCACCCCUAGAGUUAAGGGUCACCUGAAUUCAAUGGGAACAAAAUGUGGUUCAGCCUGAAUAAGUUUUUUAAAUGGCACCAACAAAAAUGAAGUCCAACUCCUUCCAUUCACUUCAGCACUUGUGCAUGUUGGUCAGAAUGAUUCUUCCAAAGAUCCUUCUCAUGCGAGUCAGCUCUGAUGGCUCAAAUCCCGAUUGGCAUUGUUGGGGUUUAGUUGUGGUGAGGGUCUUCUAUGUAGUGACAGAUAUUGGUUGGUUGAAGGGCGAUUGUUUAAGUUUCAUUUCACGACAGAUUAUUGGUUGUGGGGAGUUCUGGUUUGUGUCUCUACUCUGGUUGUUGUGAAGUUUGAGCAUGUUAUUUGGUGGGAGGUUCUGUGUAGGGUGCACUUGCCAGGAAAAGCUUCUCUGAUUCUGGGGGCGCUUGCUUCUCAAGCUUUGAGAUAUGUUCAUGAACUCCUGCUAGGCACAGUACUUCAAUAUGUUUUUGGGAUCACUACUCUAUGGAAGUUUUUUCGGGCAUGUUAUUUCAACAAGGCCUCCAAAUUUGAGUCUCGAGUCGGGAUUGUAAAUCUAUUUUUGAAAUUGAAAAGAUCAGGGUUGUAUUUGGAUUCAUUUGGAUGUAUGUAAGUCACCUGAGUAAGACUUGGGUCUCAUUAUUGCGAGAGCUUCUCCAGUGCCUGGUUAUGUGGCAGUUGACAUCUGUAUUUGUUCUUGGAGAAGAAGCUUGGUGUUCCUUUAGGUAUUUGUCUUUCUGGUAUCCAUCUUCAUCCUGGAGUCAAUUCUUUCUUUGUAAUGUUGUGCAUGCAGGGAGGGGUCUUUCAUGGUAAGGAGGGGUGAAAUUGGUGCUUUCACUGCAAAGCCACCUCAAAGCCAACAGCAGCAUGGGAAUGGAGGCAUGAAGCAGAGGCCACAGACUCUGGAUGCUAUGUUUGCUAAUAUGAAGGAGCAAAGGAUGAGGGCCUUGGUGCAGCAGAACAAUGCUGUGCGACAUAACAAUGGCGUACGACAGAACAAUAACAAUUGGGGACAACGGAAUCGGAACACCAGCAGAAUAGGGGUUCCAUGGGCAAGGAAUCAUUUUUCUUGAGCCAGUCAGCGCUAUUGAAGGAACCCAUCACAACGUUGAGGUGUUCCAUUCUAGUUCUUUUGUACAUGGUUUUCUGACUUUCUCCCCUAUUGACUUGAAUGCUGCGGGAAGUAGAUGAUAAUGCUGUUGUUAGCUGUUUGGUUUGUACUUCUGUCGUCAGGUUCUGUUUUCCAUUUGCUUGUAAACCAUACUCUUUUCUUCUCAGUCCUCUCUAUUCAUUCGAGCUGGAGAUU